CAGAUUUCGAAUUUUGCCAGCAUUGCACGGCAGGCAGAACGCCAAGAUUAAAGCGAAGAACAAGAAAAGACUCUAUAAAUAAAACGGAAGACGAGUGUGUGUGUGUGUGUGAGUGAACGUUAAAGAUGUCGCAGACACUGGAUGAUCUGCUGCAGCGACAGGAGCACGCACGCCAGCUGCGCCUGGCCACACGGCCCAAAUUUCGUCGCUUCAAUUCACUGGAUCGCAUCCCGGAGCAUCCCAGCCAGGAUGAGUCCGAGAACGAGGAGCAUACCCAACAUCGUCAUUUCAUAACCCUACGGCGCCAGCGCACGGCCGAUGGCAACUUGUUGCGUGGCCAUGUGCAAGCCUCUAGCGCCACGCGGGUGCAAUCCUCGAGCAAUUUGUUGCUGCUUGUGCCGCAGCUUUUGAUGCGUCUCUUUCUGACGCUGCUGCGCUACAUGCUCUAUAUACCCUUGUCCAUAGCGGCGCCCAGCUUCUGGCUGUCCGCCGUGCUCUGGAUCUUCUGGAAGCUGCUGCGCGUGCCCAUUGGCCUGUUCAAGUGGCUGCUCAGCACCGACGAGGAGCAGCCGGGAGCUCCGCAGCGGCAGCGACAUCGUCAACGCACCGUACUCCUCAGCUGCGGCAGCACCAUUCAGACACUGCAUCUGGCGCGCAAUUUCUACGGAUCCGGCGCACGAGUUGUGGUCUUCGAGUUUGAGGGUUUGUUUGGUCUGGCGCGUUUCUCGAGCUGUGUGGACAAGUUCUAUGUGGUGCCGCGGCCGACCAAGGCUACGGCGGAGCAGUAUAUAGCCGCACUGUGCCACAUCGUGCGCAAGGAGCGGCCAACGGUAUAUGUGCCCGUCUGUGCCACGAGUCCGGCCUACUACGAUUCGCUGGCCAAGCCGCACCUGGAGCUGUUGGGAUGCGCCAGCUUUGUGCCCGGUGCCCGAGAGACCCAGCAGCUGGACGACUGCCUGCAGCUGUUUCGGCGCUGCGAGGCGCAGCGGAUAACGCUGCCAGCGCAUACUGUCAUAACGGCACCGGAGCAGCUGCAUCAACUGUACGAGGGCGGCUUUGCGGCCGGCUAUCGGAAUAUAUUCAUGGCCUGCGGCAUGCAAGGAGUCAUGGAGCGACACAAGUACAUAUUGCCCACGCGCCGGGUCGAAUUGCUGAAGUUCAAUCAGCACGAGAUCAGCGAACGCCAGCCCUGGCUGGUGGUGCGUGAUCAGCCGGGCUAUCAUCACUAUGUCACGUGCACAACGGUCAAGGACUCGCGGGUCGUGGCCAAUGUCAGCUGCCGGGUGGAGCACAAUACCAAGAAUCUGAUACCGGUGCGACGGGACGAUGAGGCGCAGAUCGAGCUCUGGCUGCGCAGUUUCUUUGCCAAGGUGCGCUUCCAGCGCAGCAUCAAUGGCCAUGUCAGCUUUCGCCUGGUCAAGUCGCCCACCCAUGGCGGCCACUUUGUGCCGCUGGGCGUGCGACUGGGCGUGGCGCUGCCCUACAUCUGUCAUAAUCGCUCGCACGCACAGCUGCUGUGCCGGGCCAUCAAAUGCAUGUGCAUACAUGGUCGGACCGGCAUGGCCGAGGACGAUUCGGCCAGCUGGAGCUGGAGCUGGUCAACGCUGGAGCGUAACACAUCGACGGUGCCGCUGGAUAAGCGCGAAGCGCUUUUCGCCUAUUGGGAUCCGCUGCCCUAUUGCGCCUACUAUCACUUUCAGCUGCCGCUGGAAUCUGUAAAGCUGUUUUUGCAGCGACGGAAUCGCAGCGAGACCAAAAGUUUAUCGCCGCGCAUCACGGCGCCGGUUCAUUGAACG